AGCCACCUCCGGGCCAUGAGGUUCGCAGUGGAGCAGAUCAACAAUUCCAGUACUCUGCUGCCUGGUGUCUCCCUAGGCUAUGAGAUGGUCGAUGUCUGUUAUUUGACCAACUUCAUCCACCCCAUCUUGUAUUUCCUCACCAACAAGCACUCUGUGGUGCAGCUGCACAAUAACUAUACACACUACCAGCCCCGGGUGCUGGCUGUUAUUGGCCCAGACUCUUCACAAGCAGUUGUUAUAGUGGCCCAGGUACUGAGUCUUUUCCUCGUGCCUCAGAUCUCCUACACGGCAACUACUAAUGAGCUGAGCGACCGCAAACGCUUCCCCACCGCCUUCCAAACCAUUUCCAGCAUGGAGCAGCAGAUUGUGGCCAUGCAGCUCCUGCUGAAGGAGUUCCGCUGGAACUGGGUCAACAUUCUGUACAGCGACGACGAUUACGGGCGCCAAAACCUGAAGCUCCUGCGGGCCAGGGCUACCGAGAUCUGCGUGGCAUUGCAGGAGGUCAUCCCAGUGCCCCAAAGCAGCCAGAUGCUCUCACUAGAGUUGCAGGGAAAGAUCAAGUCCAUUGUCAGAAAGGUCAUCCACAGUACGGCCAAGGUGGUCAUCGUCCUGUCCCUGGAGCUGAUACUACCGUUCUUCUUCCAAGAAGCUGUCCGCCAGAAUGUUACGGAUUUGGUGUGGAUUGCCACUGAAGCCUGGGCCACUGAGCCCACCCUGUACAACAUCACUGACCUCUGGAGGUUGGGCACCAUUCUGGGGGUGGCAGUAAAAGAAUUCUCCAUUCCUGGUUUGGACGACUUUAGGGUCAGCCUGGCAGAAGGAGCCAACGAGCAGGCGAGUGACCAAACUACAUGCAACCAAGAGUGCGACCAGUGCCUCAGAGCUGCCCGAGACGCAGAGCACAGUAUGAGGGCCCAAGGGGAGCGCACAGACUUCAGUGUCUACUCUUCUGUUUACAUCGUGGCUCACGCUUUGCACAGGCUGCUGGGCUGCAAUACCACAGGAUGCCACAAGCGGAUGGUUUACCCCUGGCAGCUAGUGCCAGAGAUGAAGCGCGUGAACUUCUCUCUGCUCAACGAGAGGAUCAAUUUCAGAGAGAGAGGCACUAUUCCAAACAGCUUCGAGAUCAUCCAGUGGAAGUGGGACCAACCCAACAACCCUUUUCAGAAAAUUGCCUCCUACAGCAGAAACAAGAAGCUGCUGUUCACCAUCCAGAACAUCUCCUGGCACACCCCAAACAACACGGUCCCCAUUUCAGUCUGUUCCCAGCAGUGUGAUUACGGACAGCGGAGGAAGCCUGUAACUGUUAGCAGCUGCUGUUUUGAGUGUAUUGACUGUGAAGAAGGGACUUUUCUCAACAACAAUGACCUGUACAACUGCCAGCCUUGUCCAGCUGACCAGUGGUCCAAUGCCAGAAGUCAAAAGUGCUACCCAAGGCUUUUGAAAUAUCUGGAAUGGCAAGAAGGCAUUGCAGUGGUGUUGCUGCUAUUCUCGGUGCUGGGCCUUGUAGCCACUGUAGUCAUAUCUGUCAUAUUUGCCAUUCAUUUGCACACACCCGUGGUGAAGUCUGCAGGAGGCAGGAUGUGCUUCCUCAUGCUAGCGUCUCUGAUCAUCGGUUUCAUCAACGUCCCCGUGUACAUGGGGAUCCCAACAGAGUUCAAGUGCAUGUGCCGGCAAAUAGUGUACACCCUCUGCUUCACCGUGUGCAUCUCCUGCCUCACCGUUAGGUCCUUCCAGAUCAUCAGCAUUUUCAAGAUGGCGGCCCGGCUGCCCAAAGCCUACAGCUACUGGAUGAAGUAUAAUGGCCAGUACAUUUUUAUAACCGUAAUUUUAGCUCUGAAAGUCACCAUCGUUGUGACGAAUGUCAUCAUCCACCCUUCUAUUCCAGUUCCGUUAGUGCUGGAGGACAAUCCCUCUACAGUAGAGCUGCAAUGCAACAAGAGCUUCAAGUUGUCCUUGCUAAUGAACAACAGCCUAGACACAUUUCUCUCUAUUCUGUGUUUCUAUUUUUCCUACAUAGGCAAGGAGCUUCCCAAGAACUACAACGAAGCCAAGUACAUCACGCUGUGCAUGACCUGCUAUGCUGUUUCCGAGAUUGCCAUUUUCCUGGCCAUGUCUGUGUACAGAGGGGUGCUGGUGACCAUCUGCGAUGUCAUAGGAGUGGUAAUCAAUUUGCUUGGGAUCUCCAUCGGUUACUUUGGUCCCAAGUGUUAUCUGAUAUUUUUCCAUCCAGAACGCAACACAGCUGCUUACUUCCAAAGCGUCAUCCAGAGCUACACCAUGAGACAGGACUAACCAGGUACUUCGUCUUUGUACGGAGACA